CCACGGAAAAACUACCAUCUCCUUAGCCCACCAUGGCGGACGAGAUUGAUUUCACUACUGGUGAUGCUGGGGCUUCCAGCACUUACCCUAUGCAGUGCUCGGCCCUGCGCAAAAACGGCUUCGUGGUGCUCAAAGGACGACCAUGCAAAAUAGUGGAGAUGUCAACUUCCAAAACUGGAAAGCACGGUCAUGCCAAAGUACACCUUGUUGGAAUUGAUAUUUUCACAGGGAAAAAAUAUGAAGAUAUUUGCCCUUCUACUCACAACAUGGAUGUUCCAAAUAUUAAAAGAAAUGAUUAUCAACUGAUAUGCAUUCAGGAUGGUUACCUUUCCCUGCUGACAGAAACUGGUGAAGUCCGUGAAGAUCUUAAACUGCCAGAAGGUGAACUAGGCAAAGAAAUAGAAGGAAAAUAUAAUGCAGGUGAAGAUGUACAGGUAUCUGUCAUGUGUGCCAUGAGUGAAGAAUAUGCUGUAGCCAUAAAGCCCUGCAAAUAAAUGAGAACAUGAGAUAUGAACAAACUGGUUAGGUCUGGAUCAACUGCAGAUACAAAGUUUGGUUCUAAUUGUCACCAAAGCUAUGGCCUCCAUAAGCCUCGUUUUCUCUCUCUCUCUCUCUCUCUCUCUCUCUCUCUCUCUCUUUCUCUCUCUCUCUCUGUUUUUAAUUGUGCUGGGUUGAUUUUGCAGGCAGUUGGUAACUUUUUAAAAAAUCAAGCUGUAUAAUUCUUGUUUUUUCAAUUUUAUAGGUGUCUUUCCUUUAACAUUCCUGUGGUUUUCAAUAUGUAAGUCCAAGAAACAGACAAGACAGCCUCAGCAGAUAUGAUUUGUCUGAGGAAAUCAUUCCUGAAUUUUAAUUAAAUUAAUAAACCAGGGUUUUAAAUCAUA